UGGGCGUUUGUUAUUAGCCACACUAUUCACUAAAACCCAGACCCCAAAUUUCAGUUAGAACCAGAAGAGUGAAGCCAGAAAAACCGAAAAUCGAAGCCACACACUAUAAAAGCGGUUAGGGUUUCUUCACAGCAACAAUGGCGGUUCUGAGAACCGCAACGGCCAUGAUGCUCAGGCAUUUCUCUCACCCAUCCAUGUUCUUCUUACCAUCAAGCCCCACCUCUCUGCUUCGCUCCACUGCCGGAAUCAGCAUCCGGUGCGCCGCCUCCGACUCCGGCGCCGGGGGGAAGAAGGUCUCCGCUCGGCUCUCUCAGGUCAACCAGCUCUUGCAAGAAGCCGAGGAGCGUGCUCUCUCCGCCGAUAACCUCCCCGCCCCUAAAAUCACAUUAGAUCAUGUAACUGUGAGUUUCGCAAGAAGUGGAGGACCUGGAGGACAGAAUGUGAACAAAUUGAACACUAAGGUGGACAUGCGAUUCAAUGUUAAAAAUGCGUAUUGGCUAAGUGACAGGAUCAAGGAGAGGAUUUUGCAAAUGGAGAAGAACCGAAUCAACAAGGAUGGGGAGCUUGUGAUUUCUUCAACCAGGACUCGUACACAGAAGGGUAACAUUGAAGAUGCUUUGGAGAAACUUCAGGCAAUUAUUGAUGCUGCUUCGUAUGUUCCACCUCCUCCCUCAGAAGAGCAAAAGAAGAAGAUCGCUAAAAUGGCUGCUAUUGGAGAACAGAAACGCCUCAAAAGCAAGAAGGUACUUUCAGACAAGAAGGCAUUUAGAAGAACUCGUGACAGUUGGGACUGACUGGUCCAUGCUGUGUGAUCCUCUUAAUAUGGGAAGUUUGUAUAUAGGGCUAUAUGGAGAAACAAUUCAAGUGAUGGAGAAACAAAUCAAGAAUUAGGAAUACAUUGUCCAUGAGUGACGGUUCAACAGCAAAGGUUUUUUUUAAUGUUAGAAUGUUAGAUGACUAUUGCUAAGGUUCUUAAAGAUGAUAGUUAUUGCCAAACCCCGUUUCAAAAAAAAAAAUGAUAGUUAUUGGUUGUACUUCCUCUGAACCACCUCUUGUGUUACAAUGAUUGAGAGUCAAUGUCUUAGGGCUUCUAUUUGCUUUCAAGAGCCUCAUCAAGUACUGAAUUGUAAAAUCCUGGUGCAUGUUCUACGUCUCCAGGACCUGAAAUUCUUCUUAAUGGUGACCUUGGUUCAUUAACAGUGUAAUACUUGGUUAAUUUGCUCCUGUAUCCAACUAUCCAUUAUGAUGUCUCUCAA